UUUUGUUGUUUUUACCCCUUAGCAAAGUCCUUAUUUACUUUCUAUGCUAAUUAAAUGGACCGGAAGUUAUUAUUCAGCUAUUCUCGCUGACUUGUCGGUCCCCAGCGGUCUGACGACGAGUGCGUGUUAAGAAAUCUAGGAAGUAACUUUUUUGCGCUCCGAAAGGAUUUUACUGUAAUUCAUAGUUGUACGCUUCGAAUGGGACCAUAUACAUGUAGUUUCCCUUAGUUUUGUUUAGCCAGGUUUUUCAGACAGCGCAGGUGUCUUUCUAUUAUUUUUUUUCCCUUCAAGGUGUGCAAGCGACAGCGCCAGAGGUGCGGUGAUUCCUGUUUCUGUCAGGAAUGUUUUAACUCAAAAAUGAAAUGAACACUCUUCUCUCGAAAGAUGAGCAGUUUGCAGGGCGCGCAGACGAGCGGUCCCGGUGACCAUCCGUCCCACGUCAUCCAGAUCUACCCUAGGCUGAAACAAGUCACCGCGCAAUGCCUUACCCUGCAGGUCACCGCCGCCCAAACCACUGCCGCGGUCAUACAACACGCAGUGGCCACCCUGGGCAUUGACACGCAACGCUCUUACAGCCUUCUGGAGCUGAAGGAGAGCGACGGGGAAGAGACGGUCCUCGAGGAUGGGGAACACCCCGUGAACAGGUACUUUCUGUGGCCCCCGGAGACCCACAGAUGGCAUCCCAAGAGCAAAGGCUACUACUUCAUCCUGCAGCCUCUGCUCCAAGAGGGGGAGGCCUGGCUGGAGGAGCUGGUGGAGGACUACGAUGACCUUUGCCGGCUCCCGGAGCUGAGCGAGGACGCCCUGCUGCAGACCCUGCGCAAGCGCUUCUACAAGAAGAAGAUCUACACCUACGCCAGCAGCAUCCUGGUGGCCGUCAACCCCUUCAAGUUCCUGCCCUGCUACUACAACCCCAAGUACGUCAUGAUGUACGAGAACCAGCCGCUGGGCAAGCUGAGCCCGCACAUCUUCGCCGUGGCCAACGUGGCCUACCACGCCAUGCUGAACCGGCGGCUGGACCAGUGCAUCGUCAUCUCCGGGGAGAGCGGCUCGGGCAAGACGGAGAGCAGCAGCUACCUGGUCCACUGCCUGACGGCGCUAAGCCAGAAGCGCUACGCCAGCGGUGUGGUGCGUACGCUGCUGGGCGCCGGGCCUGUGCUGGAGGCUUUCGGGAAUGCUACGACAGCACAGAACAACAACUCCAGUCGCUUCGGGAAAUUCGUCCAGCUCAACUACCUGGAGAGUGGGGUGAUCCGAGGGGCCAUCAUCGAGAAGUACCUGCUGGAGAAGAGUCGUCUGGUGUGCAGAGACACGAGCGAGCGGAACUACCAUGUGUUCUACUAUCUGCUCAUCGGAGCGUCCAAAGAAGAGCGGAAAGAGUUCAGUCUGUUGCAGCCACAGGAAUACAACUACCUCCAGCAGGAAGACCUCAGUAUAGAAGGCGAAGAGAAGCUCAGACACGAAUACAAGAGGCUCCACCAGGCCAUGGAGAUGGUUGGCUUCCUGGCGUCCACCAAAAAACUGAUCUUUUCCAUCCUGUCAGCCAUCCUGUACCUUGGUAAUGUGACAUACACUGUAUCAGAGGAGGGAGAGGUGAUCAAAGUGGGUCCGGACGAUGUCUUGUCCACGCUGUCUGACCUGCUCAAGGUUAAACAGGAGCUGCUGGUGAACGCGUUGACACAGAGGAGAGCCGUGGUGUCCAACGACACGCUGGUUUUACCCUACAUGCUAAAAGAGGCCACCACAGCACGAGACUCGAUGGCAAAGUCCCUGUACAGCGCUCUGUUCGACUGGAUCGUCCUGCACAUCAACCACACGCUGCUCAACCGGCGGGACAUGGAGGAGUCUGUGUCGUGUCUGUCUAUUGGCAUCCUCGACAUCUUUGGAUUCGAGAACUUCCAGACCAACAGCUUUGAGCAGUUCUGCAUCAACUACACCAACGAGAAGCUCCACCAUUACUUCAGCCAGUAUGUGUUCAACCGUCAGCAGGAGGAGUACCUGUCCGAGGGCAUCAGCUGGUCCACCAUAGCCUACGGUGACAACGAGGGCGUCAUCAACAUGUUCAGCAAAAAGCCGACGGGAUUCUUUCACCUGUUGGAUGAGGAGAGCAACCUCCCUCAGGCCACAGAUGGUACUCUGUUGGACAAACUCAAGCAGCAUCACAAGGACAACCCUCUCUUUGUGGGCACCGCAGUGAUGGAGCCCGCCUUCGUGAUCCAGCACUUUGCUGGCAGAGUCAAAUAUCAGAUCAAGGACUUCCGGGUGAAGAACACGGACCACAUGCGCCCCGACGUGGUGCUGCUGCUGCGGGGCAGCGAGCGCGCCUUCCUGCGCCAGCUGGUGUGCUCCAGCCCGGCGGCGCUGUUCCGCUGGGGCGUCCUCCGCGCCACCAUCCGCAUCACGGCCGCCUUCAGGGCCCUGGCCCGCCGGGGGGCCCAGACCGAUAGCCCCCGACGCACCCAAAAGAAGUCAUUGCGAGAGAUCAGGAAAAACAGCCAAAUGUACAAAAGGCUGUCAAGCCCCAACAUGACCCUGGACUUCUCCUUCGACCACUCUGACGAGCAGCCCCUCGAAGUGUUUGAAGACAUCUUCGACAACUACGAGCAGAGAAAAAGAAACCGAAGUGGUCGGCAGAAGCAGAUUAUUCCCAAGAAACUCAUGGACUCCCACUCCCUCAAACACAUCGUGGCUCUCACCGUGAACGGGCGCACAUCCCAGCUGGUCCUCCACCCCCACCAGAGAAAGAAGCCCCCCAGUAUUAGCGCUCAGUUUCAGGCGUCGCUCUGCAACCUGUUGGACAGCGUUGGGAAAGCCGAGCCCUUCUUCAUCCGCUGUAUCCGCUCCAAUGCUGAAAAGAGGGAGAUGUACUUCGACGAGGCGCUGGUGCUUCACCAGAUCAAGUACUCUGGCAUGCUGGAGAUGGUCCGCAUCCAGAAGGCCGGCUUUGGAGCAAAGUACACCUUCGAGGAAUUUGUGAAGAAGUUCUGGGUAUUGAUGCCGAAGGGGGCUGCGGCAACAUCAGAAGAUAUCACAAAGCUCUUCCAGAAUAUGGGCGUCGACCAGAGUACCUACCAGAUGGGAAAAACCAAGGUCUUUCUGAAGGAGAGCCAAAGACAGCGACUCCAAGAGACCCUCAACAAGGAAGUGAUGCGCUCCGUCGUCAUCCUGCAGCGCUGGUUCCGAUGCUGCCUUAUAAGGAUGCACUUCCUGAACAAGAAAGACGCAGCCCUGCUCAUACAGCGCUGCUGGCGUGAGUUUUAUGAAACCAACCAAGGUCGGGCGGCUAUAAUCAUCCAAACAGCGUGGCGCACUUCCCUACAGAAGUCCGAGAGUCAGGAUGAGGGAAGCAGGGAAGAGAUUUCCAAAAGCGGUCCUGGACGACAGAGUCUGGAGAGGAGAGCGCUGCGCAGACAGGAUGUGGUGGAUACCAGCCCCUGCAGGAGCCCAGAGCGACUGGGAGACGGUGACGGGACCGGAGGCACGGGGAGAGAGGAGGGCCGGGCGUCCCCCCCAGCCCUCACCAGACCCUUCUCCGUCCCCCUGGACCCCCGACAAGGGCCCUACACCUUGGACCCCUCCCCCUCCUCCAUCUCCCUGCAGCGCUACACCAACAUGGACAGCAUCCAGGUGAAGGGCAAAGAGUGGAAGGAGAGGCGGAGCGAGGGCGACAAGACGGAUGAGUCCAGCCCAGAGAGACUGACUCCCAAGGCCAAAGUAGCUUACCAGACCAGGGGGAAGUCCAUGUCUGUGGAUGAGUUGUCAAAACUCAAACACUCGUCCGGCUCUGAUAGCUCCCCUUCUUCCCAGGAGGGCAAUGUGCGGAAAAACAAAAAGCCCACACGAAAGCGGCGCCUAGCCUACGCGCGCAGCGGGGUGAUGUUUAACUUGCGGCGCUCCCGGGAGAGCGAGUACUGGCACUACCCCUUGCCUCCCAUCAGCCCCACCAGCCCUAGGAUGAAGAGCUCGGUUAGUAGUGGUGACGUCUGGGGAAGCAGAGCCAAGGGCAAGUCAUCAGCAGAACCCGACGGGAGCCGGUACAGCCUGCCUCCUAAAAGCACCCACGAGAGUUCCCUCCGAUUGAGCCGCUCAAACCCGACCACCCCCGAAAGGCCUUGGUUUCUCAGCAAGAUCUUGAGGAAGAAGGCUCCCCUAAUGAUCGAGGCCCACAAAGAAGAAUCUCCAGCCGCACUGGCCGCCUCGUCCAAACAGCCGCAGCACAGGCCCGGCCAGGACAGCUUCAGAGUCAGCAACCCCAGCAUUCUGAUCAGCCGGGCCACACGCGGCAAGCAGCUGAAAGCCGCCCUGGACCGAGAUGUGGCCAACAGCAAAGAGCUGCGGCACCUGGACGAAUUCCUGGGCAGUCAGGUGAUGGAGCUGAACGCCAGGAUAAAAGAUCUAUCCGCUACAGAGAGCAUCUUCCUCUCGGCCACCUCGGAGUUCAGAGUCAUUAUAAAGUGCAUGUACGCUUACCCGAAGCCCCAGGUCAGCUACAUAGACCUGCUGAAAGGUUACCACAACAAGGUGAACCGGCUGGCCAGCCCCCACCGGUUGUCGGAGGUGACGCUGGUGGUCAACCUGUUCCAGUCCAUGCUGGACGGCUUCAUCAGGGGUCUGGUCAAACAGGAGGAGGCCGAACCGGUCAAGAAAACCAAAAAGAGGAGAAAAAAGGAAAAAUGUAUGGAGAACCCUCUGGAUCACAUGUUCAGCACCUACCAGGUCAACAUCAUGCAGUCAUGUGACCUGUGUGGUUCCUACAUCUGGGGGAUGGAGAAGGCCUACAUGUGUAGUGCUUGCAAAUUAAUAUGCCACAAGAAAUGCCUGGCCAAAAUCAUCACAGACUGCUUGACACGCUGUGCAAGGAAGGACAGCAGCACGUCCGGCUCCCUUCACUUCGGGGUGGACGUGAGCGUGCUCUCCAGCCCCGCCCAGCCGGUGCCCCAGGUGUUGGAGAUGCUCCUGGUGUACGUGGAGAUGAACGGCCUGGACACCGAGGGCAUCUACCGCAAGUCUGGCUCGGCGUGCCGCGCCAGGGAGCUGCAUCAGAUACUGGAGACAAAUCCCGAGACGGCAUCUUUAGAAAACUACCCCAUCCACACCAUCACAGGCCUGGUCAAACGGUGGCUCAGGGAACUCCCAGAGCCCCUCAUGACGUUCAACCUGUACAAUGACUUCCUGCACGCGGCCGAGUUGCCAGAGAAAUCGGAGCGAAUAAGAGCCAUCUACCAAAAGGUUGAUGAACUCCCUGAGUCGAAUUACAGCACACUGGAGCGUCUGAUCUUCCAUCUUGUCAAAGUGGCGAAGGAGGAGGUGCACAACAGGAUGACGGCCUCUUCCCUGGCCAUCGUGUUCGCCCCUUGCAUCAUGCGCUCCCCCGACGCAGACGACCCCUUCCUCGGCAUGAAGGAUGUGAACAAAACCACCCAAUGUGUGGAGGUCCUUAUCAUGGAGCAGUUCAGGCGCUACACCGAGAAGAUGCAGAACAUCAAGGAGCUGGAGUACGCCGAGACCCUGGCCAUCCACCAGCUCCAGCUGAAAAGGCAGAACACGAUUGCUGAGAAAGAUGCAGAAAAGGAUGCUAUGCAGCAGAUCAACUUUGACAAUGACUACGAGAAGAGCCUCAUCGAGAGAAUCAAGUCCAUCAAGGAGGAAAAGGAGGACCUGGCGUGCACGCUUCCCGACCUGGAGCAGGAGACCUCCGACGACAACCUGGACAACCAGUGGUCCGUGAGCUCAGACAGCCUGGGCUCGGACCGCCUGGGGAGCCUGGACUCCGAAGGGAAAUGUUCUGGAGCGCAAUCGACGACAAGCCAAAAGCCUGACUGCCCCCCCAAACCCCCAGACCUGGCUGAAAGAGUCAAGCAAAGGAUGGGUCGGACCGACGAGCCCCCUCCACUGCCACUGACUGAACCCCCACCUCUAGACCCACCGGCUGACCGGGCCGGCCCCUCACAGCCCACCCCGACUGACGCCCCCUCCCUCCCCGUAGUACCCGCCCUUCCCAAAGGGCCCCAGCUCAAAGGGAAGAAGAUCAAUGGGAAUUUAGAUGGCCUGAACAUCCCCUUUAUAGACGAAGACACGGAUAACGCAGACAAGGAACACUCUGAACAGUGCCCUGGGAUAUAAGACGGAGCAGCAUUUGUAGCAAGAGAAUUACAAGAGCUGUAUUACUGCAACAGGAGAACAAGAACUGUGGAUUCUCUGCUCUCUCCUGCCGAUCCGAUCUUUCAUGAUGGAAGCUGCUGGGGAUUUAGUCCCGCAACUCUUUUUGUGUAGGCCUAUAUGAUGGGAGAUUUUGUAAACUUUUUCUUCAGUGUUUUAAAUAUCUAUGGUAACAUGGUUAUUGUAUGCAUAUAAUAACGUUAACGACCAGGCAAUAUGAAAAUGUACGUGUCUUUUUUUUAUGCUUUCCACAUUUGGAACUACCACCUUUUCAAUUCGAGUUGGGAUGGGGAAUUGGCAAAUUUAAAGAUGCAAUAUGUAACAUUUCUGCAUUAAAAUACCUACAACUGAUACUGUUA